AUGGGCUACACGAUGCUACGGUUGCCGGUAUCAAUGGACUUUGCAAGCACCCCGCGCGAACCAACGUUAUUUUGGAGAAGGCGCAAUAACGAUAGCGAUUUGAACCAGAUCCGCUUCAACGACGACAACAACAACAUCAACAACAUCAUCAACAUGGCCGACCAGCACCAGGACAACGAGCGCAGGGUUUCGAUGCGAGAGCAAUUCAGACUGCAAGAAGAGCUGGAGGCGGCCAAGGAAAAGCUCGAGAAGCAGGACAAGAAACUGGAAGACGUGAAGGCGAUGCUCGAGGACUCGCAGGCGCACAACCGGAACCUGGCGGUGGAGCGGAAUAUUGCUCGCUGCGACAUGGACCACGCCACCUACGAGAGAAACCGGGAGCUUCGAAAAGCCUGCUUUGAAUUACUGAUGACGGACCGGGUGCCCGAGGGGUGGCCGGGCACCCGGAAAUGGGAGGAGGACAACCGCAAGUACGAGGAAAGGAAACGCCAGCAGGAACACGACGAAGCGGGAGGACCGGGACCAUCGCGGCAUCAAAAGUAC